ACUGAUUAUUUCUUUGAAAAAGGGCAGUGCGGCUUUGGCGUUCUGUGGAAGGCGGGCUGGCAGUACUGAGUCGUAACGUUUGUGGGUUUUCUCAGCUCGGAGAGUGCUGAUACCGCUGUCUGUGGGCCCCGUUAUCUGCCGUGACAGCGCGAAGAGUCUCGACGUGGACGUGGUCAGUUGGCGUGUCCCGACUUGGAGUGACGGCUGUGCGGUCCUAUGAUUUUCCCCACACGCUCUUCGCAUUGGCCCAUUUUCUGACAAACUAUAUCGCCAACUUCACGUAUACCGCAACCUUUUUCACCUCGGUUGGAAGCUGAAGACAAGACGGGCUUCAAGAUGUCUGUAGCGGGCUUGAAGAAGCAGUUUUACAAAGCCAGCCAGAUGGUGAGUGAGAAAGUUGGAGGUGCAGAAGGAACCAAACUAGAUGAUGACUUCAGAGACUUGGAACGGAAAGUGGAUGUGACCAGUAAAGCAGUGGUAGAGGUGAUCUCCAAAACAUCAGAGUACCUUCAGCCUAACCCAGCAUCGCGAGCCAAACUGUCCAUGCUGAACACCAUGUCCAAGAUUCGCGGUCAGGUGAACAACCCAGGCUAUCCUCAGGCUGAAGGGCUGCUGGGAGAGUGCAUGGCCAAGUAUGGGCGGGAGCUUGGAGAGGACACUAACUUUGGUGGCGCUCUGGUGGAUGUAGGAGAGGCCAUGAAGAGGCUGGCCGAAGUCAAAGACUCUCUAGACAUUGAUGUCAAACAGAACUUUAUUGAUCCACUGCAAGGGCUUUGUGACAAGGACCUGAGAGAGAUCCAGCACUAUCUGAAGAAGCUGGAAGGUCGCCGCCUGGACUACGACUACAAGAAAAAGCGUCAGGGAAAGAUCCCGGACGAAGAGGUUCGACAGGCUCUGGAGAAGUUUCACGAGUCAAAGGAAGUGGCUGAGAUGAGCAUGUACAACCUGCUGGAGACCGAUAUCGAGCAGGUGAGCCAGCUGUCGUCUCUGGUGGAGUCCCAGCUGCAGUACCACAGACAGGCCGUACAGGUGUUGGAGGAGCUUUCAGGCAAACUCGGAGACAGGAUGAAUGAAGCUCAGUCUCGAACAAGACGUGAAUACACACCCAAACCCAAACCCGUGUUUGACUUUGGAGACAACAACCAUUCAAAUGGAGGCUACUCGACCCCCAUGGCUCCUCCCCCGUCACGCAUCUCGGCCCCGGAACAGCCGAGCUGCAAGGCGCUGUAUGACUUUGAGCCCGAGAACGACGGAGAGCUGGGCUUCCGCGAGGGCGACAUCAUCACCCUGACCAAUCAGAUCGACGAGAACUGGUACGAGGGCACGCUGAACGGCCAGUCGGGAUUCUUCCCCCUCAACUACGUCGAGGUCCUCGUGCCGUUGCCACACUAAUGCAAAGAGAGGGAGCUAGGAGGAGACUGAUGUAAAGGAGGAGGGGAGAGGAGGUAGAAUGAGAAGAGAGCGAAGCGAAGUGGAGGGAUGGUCCGCAGAGGUUUCAUUUUUCACCUUCGGCUCCAAUGUCAUCAUCACAGAGCACUUUUUGGUCACCUGGAGUCCCGAAGAACUACCCGACCAGAAUAUCAGCGUUUCACAUGGAGAUCUGUUGUCCAACAGCAAGAAGCGUAUCGAGGACUAACUGAUGAAACAAUUUGUAAGGAGUUUUAACAACAAAUUAAUAAUGUAGAAAAAAUGAAUGUGGGUAAUUGGAGCGGUCGGGGUGACUCCUUCAUAUCGUUUUCUUGUAUUUGCAGUCUGUUUAAAACUCAGGUUGGUCACCAGAUUAAGUGGGGUGGGGGUCAUAACUUGGCUGAACAUUUUCCUCAUUUCAAAGUGAAAACUGGUGGUUUUCACUUCAGCUGUGGACUGGUUUGUGCCUCGUGAUGCCACCUGCUGGCAUGACUGAGAAUUACUAAACUGAGAUGGAACCACACACGACUAGCUGUAUUUAAAAAAAAAAAAAAAAAAAAAAUACUGCUUUGAUAUUUUAAUGAUAAACUUGAGCCAAAUUCUUCUCAGAUUUUGAACAUUUUCAGGUUUCCCCUGUUGCGUAACGACCUGUUUGUUUUAUCUCUGUCAGGCUGUGCAGCCACACUCACGGUUACUCCGUUCUAGUCUUUGAUCGGUGUCCGCUCAGCUGACUAUGGUAUCUUAGUAAAGUUCAGCUGGUAACGUGUGAGAGGAUGUUGUAACUGCACCUUUGUCCUCAAAUGAGAUUGAUGUGUGUGACGGACAUCUCCGGCGUCACACAGACCCGAAGGUUGCGUGUGUCCGACGUGUGGAAGAGCAGAGCGGUGUGUUCAGCUGAGGAGACGAUGCAGGAGACUUUAUAAAAUGCAAUAGAAACAUAUCGCUCGGCGUGCCUGUUUAAUGAUUCUGUAAAACAGCCAUACUUUAUAACGUUUCUGGCCUGUUUGUUAAACAUGUUAACCUUUUUUCAGCCUUGCGGCUCACUUUAGACACCCGUCGGCUACACGCAGAGAAAACGCUGCUGGCAGCGUCCAUCUCUCUGUCCCGCCAAUGUCGUCUUAGCUCAGAAACGUCCUCGUGCCCCGUCUUUCUGACGGCUCACGGGCUCUGAUUCACGUGAUUGGUUAGUAUGUUUAGGGCUGAUGGAGGCAGACUGUGUAGACAAGGCUGGCUUCUUGUUCUGGAUUUGGCCUCGGUGCACACCUGUGGGUGGAGUCUAAUCCAAUACACCCUGUACAGUCUGAGGGAACAAUGUGGAAGUAAAAGGGAACCACUGAGGGAAACCUGCAUGUAAGCGGAUCUCCGUUUGGAUUAUUUUGGAGAGCCUUUGUUAGCAAACCUUUCUCUUCAGUGCGUCUGAUUUCAGAUGCUGAAUGUUGAAUACACUGUGCAGUUUCUUCUUUUUGGUCCAUCACUCCAUGCUGCCAAACACCAACUCCUGUCUAACCUGUUUACAUCUUUGACCCUUCUGCACUUGGACGCUCACAUGAGGUUCGGGGCUGAGUGUGAGCAGAGAUGUGCUGUCUGGGUCUCACUGUUAUCAGAGCCAAGUCUUUGUUUUAGUGCCUUUGGAAAAGAGAGGAGGGGGAGUAUCCCAGCUUACACAGCAACCAAAACCUAACAACUUACGAUGGUCACAAUGACUUUUACUGCGUUUUCUCAUCGUCGUCACCUUCCCGUGUAAAGGGGACAUGCGCGUGUGCAUAUUUCUGCACAUUUUGAUGACACUACAUGCAGUUUCCUGGAUAUCUUGAUGUGACGUUUGUCAGCAGGCCACCAAAGGAAACUGUUUCUCUUUCUCACAGAGAUUAUAAUCCCGUUUCAACAUUUCUCACAGAUUACUCAUCGUAAAGGGUCGUGUCUUUGUUUCAUCAGUCUUAAAUGCUUUUUUCAAUGUUAAAUCAUUCUGACUCUCUAUAGUAUUAUUUUUUUUAUAUAUACAAGACCUAAAAACCUUUAAAUUAAUCUCUGCAUGUAGUCCUAUAUUACACCUAGUACGUGUAUAUCUUAGAUUUAAGUUACUUUUUACUUUUGGUAUGAAUACAGAAUUUAACUACAAUAUUGUGUCUUGUAUUAUCACAGUAUUUGUACAUGCUUCUGUCCUGUCCCCUCAUUUCCCUGUUCUUAAAAUAAAUAAAUAAAUACAGUUUUAAAUGAA